CGGCACUUCUUGAAUUUCAGGGACGCCGUUGCCAAAUGAACCGAGUCAGACAGAGGGUUUGUCUCGCAUUCAGAAGAACUGAAUGGCACCUAGAUUAAGCGCAGAAUCACCCCGCAAAAUGGCGCCAAUUCUACCAAGCUCACUGCAUAACAUCUUCAAGAAUCUCUGUACUCUUGCAGGUCUUUCGAACCAACUACGAUGUAACGCCACGAGAAAAACGCAAUUUCAAAAGGAAAGACGAGGCGAUGUGAUAGAUUCGCCACCCGGCCCAGCCUUGAAUCGGCAAACUUGACUCCACCACCAUGUCCGCGACCACGUUUAUACCCUUGCAGAACAAAGCCGUGAGGGAUGCCAGCCGGGGAUUAAGCUCAGAUCUUUCGGUAGCAGCGGCAAUACAAGAAUGG